UGGGGAAGUUGGGGAGUGAUUGUCUCCUUUUGGGAACUUUGUGAAGGUGGGGCAGGGAGGAAAAGAAGACAUGGAGAAAUACUGCUUCUGAGUGCUCAUUGUAAUGAGGUUUUAAUGGGCAACCGUACCCCAUGUGCUUCGAAGCUGUGGAAUUAUUGCUGAUACACAAACCCUAAGUAAAUAUUUGGCCAGCGGUAGCUUCCUGCCGGAUAUUCCUGGUCACACAACCUUGCUGGCGUAUCUAUGUGACCAUGCUGGGAAGACUUCUAGUGGCGGAGAAAGUCAUGCAGGCUUCAGCUCUCUUGAUCCUUGUGUUGCUCUGCACCUUCAGCAAAGGUCGCCGUUCUCCACUGAAUGAUUUCCAGAGGCUGAAGGCUACUCAGCUGAUCUCUUUGCCUCACCAGGGAGGGGAGCAGAUUGCUGAAGUGGAGGAGUGUGCACGGCAAUGUGCCACCUUGGUGGACUGUAGAGCCUUUCAUUACAAUUGGCAGAGUCGUGGAUGCCAGCUGCUGACUGUGACCCAAAAUUCACCACAUACCCAGUUGCAGAGGAAUGUCCAUCAUGACCUCUACCAGAAGAAAGGUUAUGUAAGGAAAUGCAUCAUGGGAAAUGGGGCAGACUACAGAGGGAUCCAGUCCGUGACUGAAAAGGGAAAAACAUGUCAACAGUGGCAGCUAAAGUUUCCUCAUGAUCACAGGUUUCAUCCAUCCCCAUAUAAUGGUUUGGAAGAAAAUUAUUGCCGGAAUCCAGAUAGGGAUAAGCACGGCCCCUGGUGCUACACAACUGACCAUGCUACCCGGCAUCAAAGCUGUGGCAUCAAGAAAUGUGAAAAUGAUGUCUGUCUGUCAUGUAACGGUGAGGAUUAUCGGGGAUUCGUUGAUUACUCUGCGUCUGGCACAGAGUGCCAACGCUGGGACCUGCAGCACCCUCACAAGCAUCCAUACCUGCCAAACAAAUACCCAGAUAAAGACCUUGAUGACAAUUAUUGCCGUAAUCCUGAUAGUUCUGAGCAGCCUUGGUGUUACACAGUUGAUCCUGCCAAGGAGCGUGAAUUCUGUCACAUUCGUAAAUGCACAGGGAAACAUCCGCAUCUGUUUACUACAACCAGCUGCUUACGGCUGAAAGGAGAAGACUAUCGAGGCAAGGUGAAUGUCACUACGUCGGGCGUCUCUUGCCAACGCUGGGACUCACAGAUGCCCCACCGACACAAUUUCCACCCUCAGAGAUAUGAGUGCAAGGACCUGAGGGAGAAUUACUGUCGGAACCCUGAUGGCUCAGAGGCUCCCUGGUGCUUCACUACCAUGCCCAACCUGCCCAGAGCUUUCUGUUUCCAGAUCCAGCGCUGCACUGAGGAUGUGGAGGCAGAAGACUGUUACCAGGGAAAUGGAGAGGACUACCAAGGCACAAUUAGUAAGACUCGGAAAGGAAUUACCUGCCAGAAAUGGAAGGAGCAAUCCCCUCACGUGCUCCAACCUUUCUCUCCCUUGCUCCCUAAUGUGCACCUGGAGCAGAACUAUUGUCGUAACCCUGACAAUGACAGUCACGGGCCCUGGUGCUACACUAUGGAUCCUAAGACUCAAUUUGAUUACUGUGCCAUAAAACCAUGUGCUGAUGACAAGAAGUUGUCCAAUUUGCUGAAUCCUGAGAACGUGGUUUUUGACGAGUGUGGCCGGAGGGACGAACGAAGAGAAAUACGGGCUCGAGUUGUAGGAGGCAGGCCUGGAAACUCACCUUGGACAGUCAGCAUCCGCAACCGAGAAGGAGUCCAUUUCUGUGGUGGAUCACUGGUAAAAGAGCAGUGGGUAAUCAGCACACGGCUGUGUUUCUCUUCCUGUGAUGCUGACUUAACCGGUUACCAUGUCUGGCUUGGAACGCUCUUUAAGAACCCUGGUCCUAAUGACCCACACAAACAGGCCAUUCCUAUAAUUAAGAUUGUCUGUGGUCCCUCUGAGUCACUUGUGGUGAUGCUGAAGCUGGAGAGGCCUGCAGUUCUGAAUCUGCGUGUGGCACUCAUCUGCCUUCCACCCGAGCGUUACAUUGUGCCUGAGAACACGGAGUGUGAGAUUGCAGGAUGGGGUAGCACUGGAGGAACUGGGAAUGACAAUGUCCUCAACGUGGCCAGGCUACCAGUCAUGAGCAAUCAAAACUGCAAUGUGGCACUUCGAGGCCGUGUGAAGGAGAAUGAGUUAUGUACAUCACCACUGAAUGUUGGUGUGGGAGCCUGUGAGGGUGAUUUUGGAGGUCCUUUGGCCUGCCUGACUCAUGACUGCUGGGUGCUACAAGGUGUGAUCACCCCAUUGCGGGUAUGUGCUCGCAGAGAUGUACCUGCCACCUUCAUCCGGAUCUCUCUGUAUGUUGACUGGAUCAACAAAGUGAUGAAGCUGAGCUGAGCAGUGUAUGUUCAUCAUAAAUUCCUGCCCCUGUCCCCUAUCUCAGAAUCAGUUUGGAGUGAUCCUUCUCCAGUCAUGAGAAAAGCAUUGCCCAGAAGGGAUGGAAAAGGAAAAUGGAUGCCAUUAUCACUAAGCUGUAUCAGGACAACAUAUCUUGUAUUUUCCAACUACAUAUAACAAAUUCAUAUGGACUCCUGAUUUUACAGAAAAAAAAGCUUCCAAAAGCUGACAUGAGUUUUUUUGCCCCAUUUUGUGGAGUUUGUGUGAGCAGCCCAUCUGAGAGGCUAAGAGGAUCUGCCGCAAUUAAUUGCCUAUUAUACUGCAUCCUUUGCUAGACACUUAGCUAAAGAAAUGUUGAAUAACAACCAUCAUGGCUUCAAACAUUAUUCAUCAAAUGUUUUGAGAACAAUGAAGAUGUCCUCUAAGAAGUAUGAUCCAGUAACAUUCCAAAGUCACUGAACGCAUGGCCUAAGCUACUAUCUUGCAUCGUUAAAUCAUCCAUACCCUUUUGGUAGGGCUGGUUGGUUGUUAUCCCAUGAAUAUCAGCUCUUUCAGUGGAUAUAUUCAUGGGCAGAAGUUUCAAUAUGUAAGACUUUCACAUAGCCCCCUCACUGGAGCAGCACUUGGCUUUAUAUUUAACAUGGGCAUUGUUUGCAAUUUCUUUUUACUGUCAUCAGUAUUUUAAGUUCAACUGAGGCUGAAUAUUCCCCAAGUUUAAGAAAAUAUUGCUGCCCUUAGAACAGAUGUAGCAUUUCCAAAUCCUGGAAUAAUUUCUGGUAAAUAGGUUCUGGAGACCUUCCGCAUGGUUUGCUGAAAAUUGAGUCCUUCUCUCAUUCUGUCAUGAUCUGUGACCUGGUGUUCUCCAGAUGACAAGAGACUACAAGUCUACUAGCCAGGGUUUGUGAGUUGUUGUCCAAAGUAACUGGAUUAACCAGCCUGUUUAUCCUCUGAGCCAGCAUAUGAAACAUUACAUCACAACUUCCUUUUUGCAGGCCAGACAUUAGUUUGUUUAAAAAUGUUAAUGACUAAUAUAUUGAUACAUUAUAGGUUUGUUAAUAAGGCAUUGUGGUUCAAGUUUUUUUCACAUCUAAAAUGAUAUUUCUGUAGUCCAGGAAAACCUAAUUGACAGUCUAUCUUAACAGUCACUAUUUCUGUGUUGUUCUCUGAAAUCCUACUUUCCCAAUAACAUAUGAAGUAUAAGCCAUCACAAAUAA